AUGGCAGCAGAAUCCUCGAAGAAUGAGAUAGCACUCGAUCACAGUGAGCCUGCGGGCUCAACCACGGCACCAUCACCUAUUGCAGAGCCCAUCCUGCCUCCGCCAGAACCGUGUGUCAUCUGCCUCGACCACAUCUCUGACAAAGCCAUUGCCCUACCCUGCUGCCACGACCAAUUUGAUUUCCCGUGCUUGGGGACAUGGCUGCAACGACAGCAAGUAUGCCCACUGUGCAAGGGCCAAGUCACCGCGAUCAGGUUCAAUGUUGGCGACGGCGAUAAGGAAAGGAGCCAAGUGUUCUAUCUUCCUCCUGAAAAUGCGCAAGCCGGCCGAAGUCCGAGUGGACUUGCCACCGCCGCUAUUCGGCAGCGACGAUUUAGACAUGGCCGACCGUAUACAAGAGGCGGGCACUACAAUACCACAAGAGACGCGCGAUCUGAAGCAUCGAAAGACACCGCCCUCGAGUUUCGCAGACAGGUAUACCGGCAGAGACUCUAUUCACUCCAUGUUGGCACGAAUCGGAUCUCGCGAUAUCGGAAUGUCACACCUUCAUCCUUUACAACAGACGAGCGCCUGACAUCCCGAGCCCGGAUGUGGAUCAGACGUGAACUUCAGGUCUUCAGUUUCCUCACCCCUAACUCUACCCAACCUUCACGUCCUGGAUCCACCGACCGCCGGGCCAGUAACGCUGAUUUCCUACUCGAGUACAUCGUUGGUAUUUUGAAGUCGAUUGAUUUGAAAGGCAGCGCAGGACAAGCGGAGGAGUUGUUGAAAGAUUUUCUGGGACGGGACAAUGCUCGGUUGUUCUUGCAUGAACUGGAGGCAUGGGUGAGGAGUCCGUACGAGCAUCUCAAGGAUUGGGACAGGGCAGUGCAGUACGCGAUGCCACCAGGGUUAGAGAUGAACAACAAUGGGCCGGCCAACGUUCGAAGCGAAACCAUUCCCUGCCUGCGGACGAAUGGGACGAGACCACCUAACAGUGCGGCCGGCGUGCCUCGUUGGUUCUCUGAAAGAUUUGUGCUCGGAGACGAGGGGUCACGAGCGACACGAGCGUGA